AUGAAUAAGGAAGAAGGUAACAUGGCUGUUGGAUAUACCAAGAAAGAUAAGGAACUCUUAAUACGACAUCUUCGUAAUCAACAACAGCAAAUCCUAAAGCAAAUGGAUGAUAAAAUGAAUAAAAGAGCAUUACAAACACAACAAAAGAUAUUAAGAAGAUUAAACGGUGUAAGUGUAACUCUAUGGAAUGUUAAGAUUAAAGAUUCUUUUAAUGUUGAAAGAAACCAUAAAUUAACUACAAAGAAUUUAAUUAAAGAUAUUCAACAAAUGAAAUCAAAUGCUUUAAAACAAGCAAAGAUUAAUACAAGUGAUAAUAAUAAUACUAUGACUGGUCAUAGAAAUAGUAAUAGCAAUAGUAGUUAUCAUUCACGCAGGAUAUAG